AUAGUUGAAGGUGGUGAAAAUGAAAAUGGCAAACGUUCAAAGCUAGCACAAGGUGGGAGGGUUGAGGCGAAAGCGGAGGAGACAACAAAAUCAGCGUCAACCGACGAAAGCGAUAAACAGAAGGCCAAACAGAAGCCGCCCGAGCCACCAAAGGACUAUAUUCAUGUCAGAGCAAGAAGGGGUCAAGCCACUGAUAGCCAUAGUCUAGCUGAAAGAGUCCGUCGUGAAAAAAUUAGCGAGAGAAUGAAACUACUUCAGGAUCUUGUCCCUGGUUGCAAUAAGGUGACUGGGAAAGCACUAAUGCUUGAUGAGAUCAUUAACUACGUUCAGUCAUUACAGCGCCAAGUCGAGUUUCUGUCCAUGAAAUUGGCCUCUGUCAAUCCAGGCCUGGAUUUCAGCAUGGAAAAUCUUCUCUCCAAGGAUAUGUUCCAACAAAAUGCAAUCACUCUGCCCCAACAAAUGUACACUUUAGAUUCCUCUUCAACACCAUUCUUUCACCAAAACUUUCAUCAUAAUAAUAACACCGGUACCAACACCUUAACCGGUCCAUUAAGCCAAUGCCCAAUAGAUCCUCUACCUAUCGAUGCUCGAAAUUUAGGAACUCAUCUGCCCUCUCUCGAUGCCUUUAACAAUACUCUUCAGUUUCCUUCAUUCAGUGAAGAUGAAUUGCAGAGCAUUGUUCAGAUGGGGUUUCUCCCGAAUGCCGUUAACUUUCCUGAUCCAAUGCCCAACAUGAAGGUUGAGCGGUGA